AUGGCGACCGAAGAUGGUCCGCCAUUGAAGGUGAUGCCAGGCUUCCUCCGCAGCAUGACGCAGACCUCAUACCGAGAAGACUUUUGUCUUCGUCCGUCGCUAGAGUUGCAGGCGAAGGGCAGCUCAGGCCUGAUCGUCUGCAAACACCCAUCCUUGCUAUCAGAGCCCAGGCUGGGCGCAGAGACGGACGAAGAUGAGGCUGAGGCUGACCUAGACUUCAGAGACCCGCGGACGCCCUUCCUGGGCCGGAAAACCCCAAUGCAGAGCACUUACAACUCCUUCUGCGUGGAUCGAGGGUCAUUGAUUGCGACCCCGCCGCCGCCAAAGCGUAACAGAAGGAAUCGAUCCGAAGUACCUUUGGGAGCACUGGAGACGAGCGCCGUCAUCAAGGCUCCCCCGAUUCUGGGAGUGUUUGACACCAAAGGUGUGCCAAGCGGCAGGGGUGGUCUCUCCGACGAGGAGAUCCUCCUCCGGAACCAGCUGCUGUACAUGGAUCCUCAUCCAGCCAGACAAGAAAAUACAAAGGCGGUGCUAAAGCAAGGAUUCAAACCACUCAACAAGACGGUGGCAAGAAGCGACUUCACGACGUACGUGCACAGCAGGAGCGCCGAGCAGCGACUAGGAGGAAGAAGUUACUUCCCCGUUGGCGAGAAGAACUGGCACACCUCCAAGUCUGAUGUUGCCUUCGAGCAGGGCGUGCACAAGUGGCCGAGGCAGCCUCUACACAGGCCUUCGAACUGCCCGCUUCAACGAUGCAAGACGGCGCCCGGAAGGCUGGACUGA